AUGUACGGUAUGAAGUGGAACCGUCUGUCUGGACGUGAUCAACCAAACGUGGAGCCCCAUGUUUGGUACUGGCGUGUUUCUUUUAUUUUAGGAAUGAUAAAUAUUUUCGAUGUUUUCCUUCCACAGUUGCUUCGAUACCCAAAUCCUUCGGAUCCUCUUAACGGGGAAGCCGCUGCACUAUUGCUCCGGGACUCUAUCAAAUAUGAAAACCAAGGCUUUAAUUCUGGCAUGACAGAUGACACUGCAGGAAAACAAAAUGCCGUGCUCACCAGUUCUAUCGCACGGGAGUUCAAGGCCUUCAACACGGCCUCGUUGAAGGAAAAUAUUGUGUAUAUUUUUUCUGAUGAGAGCGAUGAUGGCGCCAAUGGUGAAGAUGGCGGUGGUGGCUCUGAACCGGAGGUAUUAGAGAUCCUAAGCCAUUCAGAGACAUCCACUUCAAAUGACCAGUUAGAAAGCUCAAGCAGGUCAAAUCACAGAAGGUCUCAACGACCUAAUGCUGACAGAAGAAAUCCAGAGAUAACAUUUUUGACCGAUCAAUCUGAUAUGGGCGAACUAUCGAUUUUGCCUGCUUCAAUCGGAAGAAACACCAAAAAAGCAUUUCAUGAUUCAGAUAUCCAUACCAUGUUUGAUCUCACCGAUGAGCGAAUUGUUGAAGACUUGACAAAAUCUCCGCCCCGCGGCCACGGGCAACAUUCAGACAAUCCACAGUGCAGAAUUUGCAUGGAUGUGUUGGUAGAGCCUGCAGCAACAGAAUGUGGUCAUGUUUUUUGCAUGGCCUGCUUGCUGGCUGCGAUGGAGCGGCAGCCUCUUUGCCCCCUUUGUCGCCAAAGAUCCCAUGUUAGAAAAAUAAGGCGGCUUUACAUUUGA